AUGAAGAAACAACAAACCAAGGUUAAGCUUGUUUUGGAAAAUCCAUUAAAUGUUCCAUGGGUAAACAUAGAUUCUUCAACGAAAGAAAAAUUAACCCAGGUCUUAAUUCAAUCUCUGCCUACGGCGAAGGAAGACUACACUAGACAUGGUUUGACGAUUGGUUUAAAUGAAGUUAAUAUACUAUUGGAAAGUUGCUGUCAACAUACUGAUAAAGAUUCUUUACCACGAGUUGUUUUCGUGCUCCAUGAUCCUCAAUCCUUACUUGCUAUACAUUAUCCACAACUAAUCGCUAAUGCAAAUUUUUACUCAAAAGAUUCAGGGGAAUGUUUGUUGGUAUGCCUCGGUGCAGAAGCACAGGUUGGUAUUUCAAGAAAGCUUGGACUUAGCCGGGCUAGUGCCAUUGCUGUACGCAAUGACUCUCCUUUACUGUCACAAAUAAAUCCUUUGUUGAAUGGUUUACCAGCUCCUUCAGCUAGUUGGCUGUCUGAAGCAUCUGAUUAUCAACCGACUAAACUUUUACGAGUGACUACAACACUGGGCACAAAGGAUAAAAAGGGAUCAAAAAAGGGAACCAACUAA